AGCGUUGGUACUAUUAUGGCGAUGGAUGAGAUGAAACUGCAGCAGUGGGGCAGUAGUGGUGGUGGUGGUGGUGGCGGUGGUAGCGGCAUCCAUUAAGGCCUUGUGUUGUUGUGGGAAUUCCUUAGUGCAUCCUGAGACAUCCUAGUGAGAGGCGGAACAGUUUUGCGCCAAGCUUUGCGUAGUGAGGGUAGCCGUGAUGGAGAAUGAGAUAGUGGCGGAACUCCGACUGCUCCGGGAGGAGAUAGCCGCCCUCAGGAGGGAGAACAGGGAGAUGAGAGAUUUGCUUGAGGUCCGAGUGCCCCAGGGAACGCCGGACUCUCUGCUGACCGAUGAUGAGUUGUGGUGGGAGGAGGAAGGCGCUGGGCCGUCAGCGGUGGGUGAGCCGCGGACCCCACACACGGUGCCAGGAUCAUCCGUACCCAGUGAGGAGCGUGGCUGGAGCACAGACUUGGGAUCGCUGUCCAGAGACACAAAGGCCCAAGAAACUAUCAACUAUGGUUUAUACUCAGUAGCCCACGGCCUUUGUGAAGGUGGCGAGGUCGGGGCGUCCCUUGGGUCCGCCUCCGCUGCGGGGGGUGACAGACCGCUCUCGUCGGCGUGGCAGGCGGCGUUAAGCGGUGCCACCUCCAUGACGCAGGGCCAGGUAGAUGAGGCCGCCCCCCGCCGGCCAGUGGGAAAGCCCCCGGAGAACAGGCCAGCGCGCGCCCUCUUCUGUUUGGGCCUCAAGAAUCCCCUGAGAAAACUGUGCAUUGACUUGGUAGAAUGGAAGCCCUUCGAGUGGUUUAUCCUGGUGACCAUCUUCGCCAACUGCGUGGCGUUGGCGGUCUACACGCCCUACCCCAACUCAGACUCCAACUCCGUCAACGACACACUGGAACGAAUCGAGAUCAUCUUCAUGGUGAUCUUCACGCUAGAAUGCUUCAUGAAGAUCAUAGCGUACGGGUUCAUCCUGCACCCGGGGGCGUACAUCCGGAGUGUGUGGAACACCCUCGACUUCCUCAUCGUGGUCAUCGGGUUGGUGAGCAGUGCCCUGGACAUCACAAUGCAGGGAAAGGGAGGGGAAGCCAACUUCGAUGUCAAGGCCCUCCGAGCCUUCAGGGUCCUGCGGCCGCUCAGAUUGGUGUCUGGCGUACCCAGCCUGCAGGUUGUGCUGAACUCCAUCCUGAAGGCUAUGGUGCCACUGCUCAACAUCGCACUCCUUGUUAUGUUUGUCAUCAUCAUCUACGCCAUCGUUGGACUGGAGCUUUUCUCCGGCAAGCUUCACUUCACUUGCUACAAUAAUGAGACAGGCAGCAGGAUGGAAUCACCACAUCCCUGCGACAAUGACACUGAUGGUGGUGGAUUCAACUGCUCCAUGCUCAAUUCUGACGGGCAGUUCUUUGUGUGUCGAGACGGGUGGGAAGGACCCAACUAUGGCAUCACCAACUUUGACAAUUUUGGGCUGGCUAUGCUCACCGUGUUCCAGUGCAUCACUAUGGAAGGCUGGACAGACAUGAUGUACUAUAUUGCAGAUGCCAUGGGUAACAGUUGGCAGUGGAUCUUUUUUGUAUCCAUGAUUAUCCUCGGUGCAUUCUUCGUGAUGAACCUCAUUCUUGGUGUCCUCAGCGGAGAAUUCUCCAAAGAGAGAGAAAAAGCACAGGCACGAGGAGACUUCAUGAAAUUGAGGAAAAAACAGCAGAUAGAGGAAGACCUGAGAGGCUACUUAGAGUGGAUAACAGCAGCAGAGGACAUUGAGAUGGAGGGGGAAGACAAGAAGGAAACUGAUGCCAAAGCUGUGGAAGUUGACACAGACAAAGGGGAGGAGAAUGAUGAGGCACAGCAGCCUUCUUGGUGGCAGAAGAAGAAGAGAGGAUUUGACCGGAUCAACCGGCGGGCACGGAGAGCGUGUCGCAAGGCGGUCAAGUCACAGGCCUUCUACUGGCUCAUUAUCGUCCUCGUCUUCCUCAACACGGCAGUCCUGGCCAGUGAACACUAUCGCCAGCCUGACUGGCUCAGUCAGUUCCAAGAUUAUACAAAUCUUUUCUUUGUGGUGCUGUUUACUUGUGAAAUGUUGUUAAAAAUGUACAGUUUAGGCUUCCAAGGCUACUUUGUAUCGUUGUUCAACCGUUUUGACUGCUUCGUGGUGAUCAGCAGCAUCACCGAGGUCGUCCUCACCUCCACAGAGAUCAUGCCACCCCUUGGGGUGUCUGUGCUCCGCUGUGUCAGACUCUUGAGAGUCUUCAAGGUCACCAAAUAUUGGCGGUCACUCUCGAACCUUGUGGCGUCACUUCUCAACUCCAUCCAGUCCAUUGCCUCUCUGCUGCUCCUCCUCUUCCUCUUCAUCAUUAUCUUUGCACUGCUCGGCAUGCAAGUGUUCGGUGGCAAGUUUAACUUUAAUGCCACAGAGGAAAAACCGCGUCACAACUUUGACAACUUUGUGCAGGCGAUGCUGACUGUGUUUCAGAUCCUGACAGGAGAGGACUGGAAUGUGGUGAUGUACGAUGGCAUUCGGGCGUAUGGUGGAGUGGCCACGCCUGGGAUCAUUGCUUGCGUCUACUUUAUCAUCCUCUUCAUCUGUGGCAACUAUAUCCUGCUCAAUGUAUUCUUGGCCAUUGCCGUCGACAAUCUUGCUGAUGCUGAUGCCUUGGGAGAUGCAGAGGAGGAGGAGGCCAAGGAAGGGGAGGAGAAUGGAGGAGAGCAAGUGGAAGAAGGUGGCAAGAUGACAGGUGAUGGAGAAGAGGGAAUAGAAGAAGAAGAAAAAACAGCACUUAAUCACAUAGCCAUAAGUAGGGACGGAGAUACAGCAAGCCACACAAAGGUUAACCUGGAGGAGGAAGGCGAAGAAGGAGAGAAGUAUGAUGAAUAUGAGGAGGAGGAGGGAGAGGGGGACUAUGGGGAGACGGAAGGAGAGACCGGAGAGAUGGUCCCGGCAGCUAGAGCUUCGCAAAGUGAAAACGGCCCCACUAAAGCUCAACCAAUACCAAAAUACUCUUCUUUCUUCAUAUUUUCCCAUACCAACAGGUUUCGUGUCUUCUGCCACUGGAUUUGCAACCACAGUCUCUUCAGUAAUGUCAUCCUUGUCUGUAUUCUCAUCUCCUCUGGUAUGUUGGCUGCUGAGGACCCCCUCCGUUCAGACUCCCAGCAUAAUACUAUCCUGAACUACUUUGACAUCUUCUUCACCUCGGUCUUCACGGUGGAGAUCUUCCUCAAGAUGGUGGCAUACGGUUUCAUCCUUCACAAGGGGGCCUUCCUGCGCUCAGCCUUUAAUGGGCUUGACCUCCUGGUGGUGGCUGUGUCCCUCAUAUCAUUCUCCUUCAACCGCGACCUCACCACCAGGGAUGGUGCCAUCUCCGUAGUGAAGAUUCUCCGUGUGCUGCGUGUGCUGAGGCCACUGCGUGCCAUCAACAGAGCCAAGGGUCUUAAGCAUGUAGUUCAGUGCGUCAUAGUGGCCAUUAAGACCAUCGGCAACAUCAUGCUGGUCACCUGUCUGCUGGAGUUCAUGUUUGCUGUUAUUGGAGUCCAGUUGUUCAAGGGCAAGUUCUUCAGUUGCAAUGAUAGUUCGAAAUCAGACGAGGCGGGGUGCCAAGGCCAGUUCAUCGUGUACCAUGAUGGAGACAUUACAAAGCCUAUGGUGGAGAAGAGAACAUGGGAGAGGAACUCCUUCCACUUUGACAAUGUGGCCAAGGCCAUGCUCACUCUCUUCACUGUGUCCACCUUUGAGGGCUGGCCUGGACUGCUGUACGUGUCCAUUGACUCCAACACAGAGGACAUUGGGCCGGCACACAACUUCCGGCCCCUAGUGGCGGUCUAUUACAUCAUCUACAUCAUCAUCAUUGCAUUCUUCAUGGUUAACAUCUUUGUAGGUUUUGUUAUCGUUACGUUCCAAAAUGAGGGUGAACAGGAGUACAAGAACUGCUGCCUUGACAAGAACCAGCGGAACUGCAUAGAGUUUGCCCUGAAAGCCAAGCCGGUGCGACGCUACAUCCCCAAGAACCGCUUCCAGUACAAGAUCUGGUGGUUUGUCACAUCCCAGCCCUUUGAGUACGCCAUCUUUGUGCUCAUCAUGCUCAAUACCGUCUCGCUGGCCAUGAAGUUCCGAGGGGAGCCAGAAAUAUACACCCAUGCGCUGGAUAUUCUCAACCUUAUCUUCACUGCAGUGUUUGCCCUUGAGUUUGUCCUCAAAAUCAUGGCCUUCAGAUUCAAGUAUUACUUUGGAGACGCGUGGAAUGUCUUUGAUUUCAUCAUUGUACUCGGCAGCUUUAUUGAUAUCGUCUACUCCGAGGUCAAUAAACUAGUGAGCAAUCAGGCGCAGGCAGCAGCUGAGAGCAUGGGCCACGAGUACUACAGGACCAGAAAGCAAGAGAGCCCACCGGAUUGGCCGGGCUCUAAUCUCUUCUCCAUCAACUUCUUCCGUCUGUUUCGUGUGAUGCGUCUGGUCAAGCUGCUGUCCAAGGGAGAGGGCAUCCGCACUCUCCUCUGGACCUUCAUCAAGAGUUUCCAGGCACUGCCAUAUGUUGCACUCCUCAUUUUGCUCCUUUUCUUCAUUUAUGGAGUUGUGGGCAUGCAGGUAUUUGGAAAGAUUGCACUGGACUUUGAAAACACCCACAUUCACCGACACAACAACUUCCAGACCUUCUUCCAGGCAGUGAUGGUGUUGUUCAGAUCAGCAACAGGUGAGGCGUGGCAGGAGAUCAUGCUGUCAUGCCUCCCGCCUGACGCUGGAUGUGACCCUAACUCUGAGGACUCUGCUGCCAAGACCUGUGGCUCCAUGGUGGCCUACCCAUACUUCAUCUCCUUCUACACCCUCUGCUCCUUCCUGAUCAUCAACCUGUUUGUGGCUGUCAUCAUGGACAACUUUGACUACCUAACCCGUGAUUGGUCCAUCCUUGGGCCUCACCACCUUGACGAGUUCAUCACGCUGUGGUCGGAAUAUGACCCAGAUGCCAAAGGCCGCAUCAAGCACCUUGAUGUGGUCACUCUUCUCAGGAAAAUAUCACCGCCACUCGGUUUUGGAAAGUUGUGUCCAUAUCGAGUGGCCUGUAAACGACUUGUGGCAAUGAACAUGCCACUCAACACUGAUGGGACUGUGAUGUUCAAUGCCACGCUCUUUGCGUUGGUUAGAACAUCACUAAGAAUCAAGACAGAGGGAAACAUUGACGAUGCUAAUGAGGAGCUUCGAGCAAUCAUCAAGAAGAUCUGGAAGCGAACCAACCCUAAGCUACUGGACCAAGUGGUGCCACCUGUUGGAAUUGAAGAUGAUGUCACGGUUGGGAAGUUCUACGCAACCUUCCUCAUCCAGGACUACUUCAGGAGGUUCAAGAAGAAGAAGCAGGAGAUCAAGGAGCAGAUUGACAAGGAUGCCUCCAACACAGUCACUCUGCAAGCCGGUCUGAGGACACUGCAUGAAGCUGGGCCAGAGCUGAAGCGCGCCAUCUCGGGUAACUUGGAUGAGAUGCGUGAUGAUGACAUUCCCACGCACCGGCGUAACCACUCCUUGUUCGGAUCCGUCUGGUCUUCUAUGAGAGUCAAAGGUCUGCAGCGGACCCGGUCACUCCGUGUCAACUCUGGCCAGCACUCCAAGACGGGUAAAAUCUUGCACCCAGUAAUUCUGAAGGUUAACAACCAAAUAAUGAACAUGGUGAGACCGCCGAUCUCCCCAACCAACUCACUCUCCUAUUCCCCCGCUCACUCCAAUGAGAAGACAGCGCUCAAUCACACUCUUCACCGGCCCCCAACUCCCCUUGAGAGCUCUCAGUCUCUUGGGGAGGAUGAGGAGGGGAUCCCCAUGCGGCCCCUCAGGAUCAUGAAUGGAGAUCCAGAACGCAGAUCCAACCUGGUUAUUAAAGACCUGAGUGACGAGGAGUUGAGUGAGGGGCCACAGCCACCCACGCCACCUCCCCGCCGCACCUCCACCAACUCAUGGGGUCUGGGCUGCAUCGGGCGGCAGGACGCUCAGUCCCGGAGCUUCAGCAACAUCGCGGACGGGUUGCGUCUGGCCCAUGCACAGGCACUGGCUGUGGCCGGCAUCGUCCACCAGUCCUCUUCCUCUUCCGGCUCAGCCCCGUUCAGGCGAGGCCUCCGGGCCUCCUUCCAUGGCCGAGGUACCCCGCGCCAUCCCAACCCCGAGGGGCCCCACCUCUCCUGCCCCACAACCCCCGCCUCCAUCCGCAGGGGGCGCCCGGCCCCCCCAGCCUCUGCCCGCAGGGGGCAGGAAGAGCCCUCGGGCCAGUUGCUGUCAGUGCAGGCGCUGCUGCAGCACGUGUCCUCCCUGCGGCCCUGCGACUCCCCCUCGCCCCGAGUCCUGCCCCGCCCCCUCCCCAAUUCCUUCCACCGGCGCUCCCUGCGUGCCCCUCCCCGCCUCCCCAUCCCCUCCCUUCACCGCUCCUUGGAGAACUUCCGUCCCUCUAGCUCAGACUCCGAUUCUGAGAUGGAGACUUCACUCCCCCUCACUUCCCCCACCCACACCCAGGCCGCCGCCCUCCCGGAGGAUCAGUCCGGGCUCUCCUCUGGGCUGUCCACCCACAGCCUCCCCCAGUGCGGGCCCCACACAACCCCCAACCAUGCCCCUCACCAUCCAGCACAUCGUCAACUCCCCUGUCAUCCACACACAGACUGUACCCAUCGUCACCACCGCCACCACCGCCACCACAGACAGAUCCACCAGUAUCAUCGCCUCAUGCCUGAGGACUCUGACCACAACCACCACCAUAACCCUACCCAACAUCCUCCCCAGUCCUCACACUCACCACCACAACCUUCCACUCACCGAUCAAUCCGUCGCCACCGCCACCACCCUCUUCACCACCAACACCACCACCAUCUCCACCACUGUGUUCUUCCAUCAUCAGUGUCAACUCUUAAGCUGUCUCCGCCUUCCGCUGGUGUGUUUGCUGGUGCCUUAGACUGGGACGUGUGCUGUGGCAAUGUGGGAGUAUGCGGACUCCCCCACCCUCGUAAUGGCUGUGCCCCCACUACUCCCCUUCUCUCUCUCUCUCUUAGCGACCUCUCACAGUGAGAGCAAUGGGAGCUUGCCUGGGGGUGACCGCCACUCCCAGAGUGUGCCCAGCAGUCCCAGGAGUGUUUCCAGACCAUACUCUGAGGUGGUGGGCUCCGCGGAAAGUCUGGUUGGUCGGGUGUUGGCUGACCAAGGUUUGGGGAAAUACUGUGAUCCUGACUUUGUACGCACAACUUCGAGGGAGAUAGCAGAGGCCUUAGAGAUGACCUCUGAGGAGAUGGACCGUGCAGCCCACAAUAUCCUGUCGGCCUCCCAGCAGGAACUGACCUCUGAGGAGGCCUCUUCUGAUCGCCCUCUGAGGGAGAGAGGCUCCCGGGGGCCUGUCAGACGUCAGAACCAAGAUUCCUCAUAUGACCAUCAAUCACCCUUAUAGAAGUAAUGUGUGCAUUAGCAUCCUGAUCUGUUAUAUGGUGGUUCAUCUGUGUGUUCAAUCAUUCUCUUCCAGCCUUUUUUAAUAUAUAUACAUAUUUACAUAUAUAUAUAUUAAUGCCCUGUGGCACUGCCUGGAGACCUCGUGAAGGGGCCUCCCAGUGGGCAGUGCCAUGAGGGGCAAGAGUCGUGCUGCAGCAGAGGACCUCCCCGCCACACCCACCCCAAGGCCACCUCUGCCCUGGGAGGCACCACUCUGGGCUCACCAGCAAAAUAAGGCUUGCUAAAGUUGUUUGUUGGAAGGCAAGAGGAUAAGAGGAGGCCAUGUGCUGUCAAACAUGACAUUGUCAAGGUGACUUCCUUUCCUCCUCUGAGGAAAAACUUCAAGACUGUGGAAGCCUCACAAACACUGCUGAACUGUUAACUACAGCCACAGACAGUCGGCUGAAUGUACAACCUUGCCAUGCUAGCAUGCAGUUGGAUGAGCUCACAUGUGUGGGACAACAGAGAAUAAUUAAAAUCUGGUUUUGUUGGUUCCUUAGUCUGGUUUAAAAAGAUUCACAUGUAGCUUUUGGGAGAUCUAAUGAGUCUGGAGUUCCCUCAAGUAUUGCACAUGAGGGAAGUCACUGGACACGUGGCUCCUGGCCAGCAGGACGCAGGCUCUGAGCACACUCGGGCGCCACACACAUGCACGCACGCACGCACAGGUCAUAUUCCCUCAUAAUCCUCAGGCUAUGAGAACCAGCACGUGGAUAAAACCAUUGCUGUAUAACCUCUACACAUUUGAGUAGGGGUUAACUUAUUAACCCAAAGUGCCUCUCUCAAUUGUGAUAACCUGUUGUUAUUUCCUCUCAAGUUUCAAUGAAAGGUACAGAAGUCAUGUUGCGUCAUCCAUAAUUAUUGUAUCUCUAGCUUUCCUUUUCUCUUAGGAUUACAACUUUUCCAUGAUUUUUUAGUUGUUUCCUGAGUUAUUUCCUGAGCCAGCCAGCUGGAAGCUGGUGUUUGGCCUGCAUAAUUUUCAAAUGUGGGUCUUUGUUACUGUAUUGUUGUAGCAGAGUAGCGAUAUCAUCCUGUGAUCCUAGAAACACGCGUGAAUACUUUUUAUCAGAACAAAACACACUACUUAGCCCAGUUACUAAAGUUUAUACUGUCUUCAAGUAAAUUGAUAAAAGUUUUGAGUUAAAAAUUCAAAUUCCAAUCAAUUUGACUAAAAGCAAACAAAAGAUCACGCAGGAGAAGCACAACAAACUCGGGCUUGUGAUAAGAGUUUUCUCCCUAAGUAAGUGUGUUACUUGUGUUGGGAGGGUAAGUGUAUGUCACAGGGGAGCUCAGAAGAACCAGAGCUCUAUCAGGACAUUGAGACCAAGUGUAAUGACCAACCUUCAGCAUAAUGUUGUGUCCCCUGCGAUCGGGCUCAGUGGUGUGUGGAGAGAGCGGUGUCUCCAGUUUUGUUUACCUCUGGGAGGCCGAGUGAGGCUGGAUGGGUUUUGCACCCGCUGUUGUCUGAUUGGUAUUCAUAUUUGGAAAAGCAAGAUAUGGAAUCUUGUUUUUAAUUUUACAUUUGUUAUGAUGUAUAAAUUCCUUUUAGAUGACUCCGUAGGACUGUUAGUUUUAUUAAAAGAAUAUAAAGUUCGUUGUAAUGUUCAUAGACAUAUUUUUUACCUCAGUGUUAGAGUUUUUGGAAAAUAGGGGAGAAAAGCUAAACUGUUCUCUUGAUCAUAAAUUCUAAGAAAUUUAAAUAUGAUGUGUUUGAACUUUUAUCUUCAGUGUCUCUUAUGAAAUUGAUAUAUCUCUUAACUCUUACACUUUAGAAUUGCCAUGUGUACUAUUGCCAUACUUCACUUGGAAAAGGUGCACACCAGUCAUUUGAGAGUAAAUUCAAAGUAAUUUAUAUCUUAUCAAAUUAGUUUUGCUCCCCCAUAUUUUUCAAGUUCUCUGUGUUGGUGGUUGGGAUGUGGUGGUGGUGAUGUGGCAUUAGCCGCAUGUGUCCCCACCCCUCCUCCAGCCAUCUGUUUUGUGUCCCAGAAGAGGAUCAGAAACACCCCAGUAAGUCUCUUCACAGGCAGCAGGUGAAGCAAGUCCUCUUGUCUGGAGAACCUUUUAGAUGGAAGUUGAAAAGUGAGAUUUUACCGACAAUAUUUAUCGAUGAUAUUGCAGAUACAUUUUUAUCAUGAUCAUAGUUAGCUUAUAUUCAUUAUGUUACUUUAAUUUCCCUUGGUAAUUUAUUAGCUUGUAAAACAAUUUAGGUUAACAAAUACAUCUUCCAAGGUCUCUGGUGCUUCAUGACUUACUCGCAUUCUGUUCCCACAUAAAUAAUGACCAAGCAACCUUUGCUGUUGACAGUUAAAUAUCAGAUAACUUUUAGCAGGCCAUUCUGGGAUACAGUUGUGUUAUAAAAUUAUAUAAAAAUAUGUAACCUUUCAUGUUGACUACUUUGUUGAGCUGUGUUGGGCAGGGAAAGAGGUGGGCCAUCACCAGGCUUGGCCCCCUUUCAUCCCCCUGAUGCUGAAAGAUAUAUAGAGUCACAUUACCCAAGCUUGCUAUGGCAUAUUAUAAGAUAUUUUACAUUUCUAAUUAAUAAAGCUAGAAUUUAUAAAUCUGUACAAAAAACUCCUCAGACUGUAUAUAUCUUUAGCAUUCCCAUAGGUCUUACGUUCCUUUAUCACCACAAACUGUAAAAAGGAUUCACUUGCUCCCCUCGUGUGAGUGCAGGAGAGGCUGGUUUGGCAGAAGCAUAUGAACGGAUCACUCACCCUACAGACACUUCAGGUGGGGAGUUUCCUCUCGACGUCGAUGUCUGAAGUGCUUUAUCGAGUUUUGUUACAAGAGAAGCAUCACCUCACACACCACAUCAGGCAACCCAGAGAUGCAUCAAACAGGUGUCCCUCAUGUUCUGCACAAACAGACACCCACUCGACCACUGUCAGUACCUGCCUCGGAACGAUCCUGAUGUUUUUUCUGGCAUUUUUGAAUAAAGUCUGCCGCCAAAAGUAUUAAGUAAGGAAGUUCCCGCUUUAGGGACUUGGCACGACACCUGUGAUGCAUCUGAGUUGCUCCUAUCGGCAGAAGGGUUAUGAGGCCCUUUUGUCGUUUUUUUUUUAUGCCACCAUGAACUGUUUUGAGUUCUGACAACAUCAGCUCACCUCCACCUGGAGUUCCAUGGACUCUGUCGUACAGCUAUUGCAAUUUGUUUAUAAAUCUACUGGUGAACAAGAGUGAACCACCAGCUCUGUACAGUGACAACAGGCAAGGCCAUUUAGUGACCCAACUUGCAGAGUGGCCACAUUUUUUACAGUAGUUUUUAUAUGAGGUCAGUAUUAGAUGUGGAAAAUAAUAAUCUUUUUUUCUUUUUUUCCUACCAAGGAGUAAGUAGCACAAUGUAAACCUUUACAUAUAAAAAGUGACAAUAUGUCUUACUGCACAAACAUUGUUAUUGUGGAAAUAUUUGUAUGUAUCUCAAGGUGAAUUGUAGUCACCACAGGAUAGUGGGGACUUAUUUUCUACAUAAUUUUACUACUUCAUCUACUUGUAAUUAAAACACAUAUACUGGGAGAAAAACAAUGCUGAUGUGAGUUGCCAUCCCCCAAUGGUGGAGACGGCAUCUCAACAGUGACCUUUUGUAAUAAUGAAUUUCUCUGAGAGCGACUGUGUGCUCCCCACCCCCCCCUGCCGCUGGGAGCACCCGAGUACCCGACAUGUGUUGGCAAAGACCUUUAUGGUUUAUUUCCCAGCAAACUUUAUCUCCAUUUGCAGGCGCUCUGUCGACUUUUUAAUAUGUACUGUGUAUCAUUUGUUGAAUAUUCGUAAAGAAGCUCAACUUGCAGAGCGCUGAAUGCCGCUGGACUGCGGCUCCCUCGAUCUGCUUCCACGUUCUUCCCUUGAAGUUCUUGAUCAUUAUUUCACCCACCUUGGACACUGUUCCCUUACUUUACCAAUACACUUUUCAAUUCUCACUCUCAUCCAAAAGAUAACUUUGUUUUGCUUGUUAUGUGUAUGUUUGAUCCAGAACUGUGUGGGAGGAACAAUCACAAGUUUACAUUUGCCAAUUCUCGUCAUAAUUUAUACAGUGUUGUAGCAGUUCUCAUUUGGAAUAAAAGCCUAACCUUGUAA